AUGGCGCCUUUAGGUCUGGAGACCCCGGUCCACUAUGUUUUAAUAGCUUGCGCAUUAGCGGGCGUUUAUGUUGUGGGCAAGGUUUUCUACAAUAUCUUUUUGCACCCUCUUAGAUCUUUCCCGGGUCCGUUCCUAUGGAAGAUCUCCCCUAUCUUUAGACAUUAUCGACUGGCUCAGGGUGAUUUGCCAAUUUAUAUGAAAGAGUUACACGCCAAGUACGGACCAAUUGUACGAAUAUCCCCAUAUGAGCUAGCAUUCAGCGACCCCCAAGCAUGGAAGGAUAUCUACGGCCAUCGCCACAACGGCGAGCCAGAAUUCCCUAAAUACGAUGGUUUUUACCGAGCUGUCGACAACAUUCCUCGAGGUAUCAUCAAUCAUUUCCGGGAGGAACAUAGCCUUUUACGCCGCCAAUUAUCACACGGAUUCUCAGAUCGCUCGAUGCAGCUUCAAGAACCCAUUAUCGGAUCAUAUGUAGAUCUAUUGAUUCGCCGACUGCGAGAGCAAUGUGCCGAUGGUUCGACCCCUUUGAAUAUGCGCGAAUGGCUGAAUUGGACCACGUUUGAUGUUAUCGGUGACCUCGGUUUUGGUUCUGCGUUCGGCUGUCUCGAGAAGAGCGACUAUCACCCAUGGGUUAGGCUCGUUACCAACUCGUUGCGGCAGACUGCCUUUAUGAUGGCUCUAUCUGACAUGAAGCUCAAGCCUGUGAUACGAAUGAUCUUGAAACUCAAGAAGCUCGCGAUUACGGACAACCAGGCAUUGGUUCGAGAGAAGCUGAGGCAAAGGAUAGAGUCUGGGGUCGAGCGACCAGAUUUCGUCGAGGGCCUUAUAAAGCAGAAGGAAAAGGGGAAUCUGGACUUCAUGCAAGUUGCCGCCAAUUCGAAUACUCUCAUCAUAGCUGGUAGCGAAACAACCGCGACUCUUCUCAGUGGCGCCGUCUACCUGCUUACGACUAAUCCCGAUAAACUGGAAAAGCUCACCCAGGAAGUCCGGUCUGCAUUCAAAAAUGACGAUGAAAUCACUUUGCUUUCGGUUGGCAAGUUGUCGUAUAUGUUAGCCUGUCUCAAUGAGAGCCUCCGACGAUACCCGCCCGUACCAACUGGAAUGCCCCGCCAAUCACCCAAGGGCGGUGCCAAUGUUUUAGGCAAAUAUAUUGCAGAGGGAACUGUUAUGGCUGUCUGGCAAUAUGCCAUCAAUCACGACGCGAACCACUGGACCGACCCCUAUGCCUUCGCUCCAGAGCGAUUUUUGGGUGACCCGAAAUAUAAGAACGACAAGCUUGACGCAAUGCAACCGUUCAGCGUAGGCCCGCGAAAUUGUAUCGGCCGCAAUCUGGCUUACGCCGAAAUGCGCCUCAUCCUGGCCAGGAUUAUCUACAACUUCGAUUUGAAGGUCGCUGACGACAGUCGAAACUGGAUCAAUCAGCCCGUAUACACGUUAUGGGACAAGCCGGCGUUGAACAUUUACCUGAAGCCUGUUGCUAGAUGA